AUGCGUCAGGGUGGCAAUGGUAUUCUGCAUCAUGUUGUGCAUUUCAUCCUGGUUUUGAACACUGACGCCGUGGUAAUAGAAUUCAAUAGCGCGAAUCUCAUCGUCCCAGCGGGCGACGCCCAAGAUCCCAUGAAAGUCUGCCCACGUCAAGCGUAUCGUCCCCCUCAGCUGGUUGAAAAAGAAAGCGUCGUCAAAAAUGGCCAGUCAGGUGUUCAGAAGACUCAUCAUUUCGCGUGGAUCCCGAAUGUCAGGGACUCGACUCUCAGCAAUCCGCAUCAAACUUCGGUCGUUGACUCUCAUCCCGUUCCGCUGGCAAUUUUUGAUCAAAAGGGCCGAGAGAUCGCGCGCAUCAUGCGCAUGGUGAUGUAG